AUGCGCAGCAUGGCCCAGCACGAACUGAAUGACCGAUCUUCCGGUUGUAUCAGCCCUGCAGCCGAUGUGGAUAGCAAGUUGCGCAACCCCCAGCGACGUCGAGUGCCCGUCGCGUGCCGCCGGUGUCGAAAGAGAAAGAUCAAGUGCAGUGGCGACACUGGUGACGGCCAGGGCUGUUCCAACUGCCGUAGUGCCGGCAACACGGACUGCCAGUUCCUACGAGUCCAGUCAGAGAGUCUGGGUACCUUCAGCCAGUUCCCUUAUCCUCCCCCAGGAGCAGCGAUAGCACCAUCUCAUCUUGGGGGAAUGUAUACAUCUCAGACUUCCAGAAAGCCCAACAUGCUCUCCAUGGGCUCGUCUCCAGCCCGCAUGACUGGUUUCCCGCGGACCCACGAGUUUGACCUGGGCGCCGAUUCUCACGUCUUUCCAAGGCCCGUAGGCGUGGAUUCGAUCCCAUACGAGAACGAACAGUCGGUCAACUAUAGCCAGUCUCCAGCAUACAUGCUCCCCAGUGCACCAUCUGGGUCUACUCUUGACUAUGGGGCGUCACCAUGGAGCCCUAAGAUCUGGGAUUCUAUGUUCAAUGUCAACAGACAGACCAGUGGAGUCAUCUACCCUGAUCUGGAGACCAACAACUCUCUAACGCAAUCUCCCUACUCCUCCUACAUGCUUCCCAGCCAAGGAAUCUCACCAAACGAAAUUUCCCAAUCCGCCACUGCCAUGACUGCGGUUUCUUCGGCAGAUGGCCCAGGGACAGAUCGGACACUCCCAACUCCAACCUGCCACAGCCAGCAGUUGCCCAGCAAUGCAGCAAGUCUGAACGUGCUAUCACCAGAAUCAAACCUUGCCCAAAUGUCCGAGUUUAAGGACAACUUCUGGAACCAGCGAUGCGACACCACGCCCGAUCAACGGAUACACACUGUCCCACGCAACGCCCCCAAGUGUAGCCAUACCAGCACUGCCCCAGAGCUCCUCUUCCCAUACGUCCCUAUGCCCACUACCAAUAAUGAAACAACGCGACCACUAUCCUCCACAGCUACAGGGCCGUCAUCCGCAAACAGUGCCGCCACGUCAUUCGCAGGUCUGGAGACACUCGACCACGACUACAAAUGUAUACCCAACGAGAAUUUUCGCCGCAGUUUCUCCCGCGAACAAAGCGCCGGUCAGCGUCUCGCGAUGAUCAACGACUGCACACCCGAAAUCUACGGAUACAGCAGCGAAAAGAAGAGCCGCGACAGCGACAACCGCUUAAUGAACGGAUUCUCAUAUCAGCGCGUGAGGCACUCAGACCCACCCGGAGCUUUCUCCUUCAAUCUCCUCCCAGACACACUGCCAGAAUACCACCGGUCCGUGGUCGAGAAUGUCCACCGGCCCCCAGUCUCGCCGUUGGGUAACCAGGGCGCUUACUAG